AUGGGGUUGGCGAGCAGUUGGGUGCUGUAUACAGCAAUAUUUGCUGGUGCUUUGGCUUUGAGAUGGGUUUUGCUGAGAGUAAAUAAGUGGGUGUAUGAAGGGAGAUUGAAGGGGAAGAGUUAUCAUCUUCCUCCUGGUGAUCUUGGUUGGCCUCUCAUUGGGAAUAUGUGGACUUUUCUCAGAGCUUUUAAGACAAAAAAUCCUGAUUCUUUUAUCUCCAACAUUGUUGAAAGAUAUGGAAAAGGCGGAAUCUACAAGACCUUCAUGUUUGGAAACCCCAGUAUCUUAGUCACAAGCCCCGAAGGAUGCAGGAAAGUCUUAACAGACGACGACAACUUCAAACCCGGCUGGCCUACAUCCACUGAGGAGUUGAUUGGGAAGAAGUCGUUCGUUAGCAUUUCCUACGAAGAACACAAGCGUCUCAGGCGCUUAACAUCAGCUCCUGUGAAUGGUCAUGAGGCAUUGUCCUUGUAUAUCCCAUACAUAGAAAAGAACGUAAUAUCUGACUUGGAGAAAUGGUCCAAAAUGGGAAACAUCGAGUUCUUGACCGGAGUCCGAAAGCUUACUUUUAAGAUAAUUAUGUACAUAUUUCUUAGCGCCGAGAGUGGGGACGUAAUGGAAGCUUUGGAGAAGGAAUAUACUAUACUGAACUAUGGAGUUAGAGCUUUGGCUAUCAACAUCCCCGGAUUCGCUUUUCAUAAAGCAUUCAAGGCUCGGAAAAAUCUGGUGGCUACUCUCCAAGCAACAGUGGAUGAGAGAAGGCAAAGGGAGAUAGAAAAUUCUUCAGCACGGGAGAAAGACAUGUUGGAUGCUCUGCUGCAUGUUGAAGAUGAGAACGGUAGAAAAUUGACUGAUGAGGAGAUCAUUGAUCUUCUCAUAAUGUAUUUGAACGCCGGCCAUGAAUCAUCUGGUCAUGUCACCAUGUGGGCUACUCUUUUGCUACAAGGCCACCCCGAAAUCUUCCAAAGAGCCAAGGCUGAGCAAGAGGAGAUUGUUAAGAACAGGCCACCUACACAGAAGGGUUUGACCCUUAGGGAAGUUCGAAAAAUGGAGUAUCUCUCCCAGGUGAUCGAUGAAACGCUUCGUUGGCUAACGUUUUCACUGAUGGUAUUUCGAGAGGCCAAAGCAGAUGUCAACAUAGGAGGUUAUCUUUUUCCCAAAGGAUGGAAGGUUCUGGUUUGGUUCAGGGCCGUUCACUAUGAUCCCGAAAUAUAUCCCAAUCCAGAGGUGUUCAAUCCUUCAAGAUGGGAUAAUUUCACACCCAAGGCUGGAACUUUCCUCCCCUUUGGAGCAGGCAGCAGGCUCUGCCCCGGAAACGAUCUUGCCAAGCUCGAAAUUUCUAUUUUCCUUCACUACUUUCUUCUCAACUAUCGGGUUAAUCCAGGGUGCGAAUUGAUGUACCUACCGCAUCCAAGGCCUGUGGACAAUUGCUUGGCAAGAGUGAGGAAAGUAGCCUAG